AUGCCCAAACAACUAAUAACACUUAUUCAGCAUACUGAAUUCUGGUGUCUGGAUGAAUGUCUCAGGUGGGUGUUUGUGGUGAAGAAAGGUUACCAGGAGAGAGAUGAGGCCAUCCAGUCCUCAGUCAUCACCAAGCUUAAAGGUGUCACUAUGACCAACACCUCUGACUCAGGCUUUCACCUGUGGAGUGCUGAGGAUUACGUCAUACCCCCGAAUGGUGAGCAGGUGUUCUUCAUAGUAACAAAUUACAUAGAGACCCCAAACCAGAAGCUGGGCUUAUGUCCUGAGAGUUACAAGGUGCCAGAUGGACAGUGUCAGAGCGAUGAUGACUGUGUGGAGGGAGAGACUGUAAUAGCUGGCCAUGGAAUCAAGACUGGCUUGUGUUUAAACAGCACUGGGACCUGUGAGAUUCAUGCCUGGUGUCCUGUUGAAUACAGCAAGAGACCCACAGAGCCCUUACUGAGUGAAGCCGAAAACUUUACCAUCUACAUCAAGAAUUUCAUCAGGUUUCCCAAAUUUGAAUUCUCCAAGUCCAAUGUACUUGACACCGCUAAUGACAGCUACCUAAAAAAAUGCUACUACGACAGAGAGACCCAUCUGUACUGCCCCAUCUUCCGCCUCGGGGAGCUGGUCAGCUGGACGGGAAAUGACUUCCAGGAAAUGGCUGUCAAGGGUGGGUCUGUCGGUAUUCUAAUCGAGUGGAACUGUGACCUGGAUAAGGACUCUUCACAGUGUAAUCCAGAGUACAGCUUUACCCGUUUAGACAUGAACUUGAACAACUCGGUCACAUCAGGAUACAACUUCAGAUAUACAAGGUAUUACAAGGAUCAAAAGGGUGAGACCUAUCGCACUUUGUUUAAAGUUUAUGGGAUUCGCUUCGAUAUAAUGAUCAAUGGCCAGGCUGGGAAAUUCAAUAUUGUUCCCACAAUAAUUGCCAUUGGUUCGGGUGUUGCCCUGCUGGGUGCAGGAGCCUUUGCAUGUGAUAUGAUACUACUAUACAUGAUGAACACGAGCUCCUUCUACCGAGAGAGGAAGUUUGAAAUCAUCAACUUCAAGAAAGACCGGACCAAACCCAAGGAUGGGAAGGCAGGACACCGGGAAAGGAGAUCCAAGAAACCAGCUGCAGAGAAAGGGGACGCCAACUCCACCAAAAAUCCAGAGGAAACUGAAGCCAAUGUGGGAUCUUCUUCCACCGCAGAGAGCCAGCUGCCUGUGGACAGUCGAGGUCCCACCAUUCCACGCAACGCAGGACAGCGAUACUCUGCCAUUCUCUCUACCCAAGGUGCAGAGCCAAGGCAUCAUAUCACUUUUGCUUCACACAAUUAAGUUUUUAAGCAGAGCAAGACAGAUCACCUGCUGUGGGCUCGUUUAUGUUGCAAGAGGUGGAACCAAAGGUCAGACUGAUGUCCACUUCUCACCUACUGGCACGACUGCUGGCAUGCCACUAGCCUGAGUGAUGUUUUCCCUGACGGAAGAGAUGUUGGUCCACACCGACGCUGCUGUAGGAAUUCACAGAAAGGUUCAGUGGCUGGGUCAGGAUCCAGAGGUGGGAUGUGGGAGGUUACAACAGGUCCAUAAAUAAGGAUAAGCCAAAGUACUGUGAUAAUGCUGAUGCAAUUAGCAGAGUGACAUAAAAUUAUUCAUGUAAGACUUUAAGUGAAUUACCGAAUGUUUGCUAAUUACUGCUUUACAAAUGCAAAGAAUUCAUUGUCUUUGUUUCAUGUCAUAAAUUUAUAUUUUCUAGCUUUUUUUGGCUGUUGAUCAGACUAAUGAAGCAUAAUUUAUAGUUUGAGUAAUACAUGAUGGGCCUUAGUUUUUGUUUUUUUUCUUCUCCAUUUUAUGGAUAAAAUUUUGAAAAUUCCAGCAAAAAGUCUGACAUGAUAGAUUCACUGACAAUGAAAAUUGCAGCCCUACAUUUUAUGCCAAAUUUUCACCAUGGACCUUAAAUAUAAGCUUGGAUUAGGUCAAAUAAACACUGUAAAACAAUCUGCAACAGACCUUACAAAUUCAAUGUCGGUCAUGAGAGAGAUGAUUUUGUAAGCGUGGAUUCUAAAAGGGAAAAAUACUGUACUUGGAAACAAUAUGGAAGAAAAUGUGUGAAUGGUCUUAACUGUUAGUAUUUUGGUUGGAUGCAUCAUGUACCUGUGUAGUGACUCUAUUAGUUAGACACCACUGAUGUGUUUCAUGCUAUAUGCUGAGUUGGCUGUGCUGGUUGUGAUGCUUAUAUCGGCCACGCGAUGACUACAACACAAUCUUACUCAGAGUAGAAUGUAUUUGUGUCUGUUAAUGAACGGUGCAUGGAC